AUGAGAACAAAGUCCCUGAACAUCCUUCAUGUGUUCAUCUUGGCACUGCGCUGCCUCACUUUGGAUGCCGAUAGUGAAAAUCCAGAUUGUGGAGUUCAAAUCAAAGUACGUCGCAACACGGUUUUUAAAGCUUUCCCUGGAGAAGACCUCAGGACUAACUGCACAGUUGCUUCUUGCAACAAAAAGCCACCAACAGUGACCUGGUUUAAAUUUGAGACAACUGACGUACCGGUCCCUGUCAAUGUGAGCAGUGGAAGCCACAUUAGAGAGGAGUGGGAUCCUUUGAAUGAUUAUGAAGGAAUAUCGUUUUUACAUUUCCAAAAAAUACUCAGAAACGACUCUGGUGAGUAUCAGUGUCGAAGUGAAGACAGUGUGAGUCACAACAUCAACGUCUCUGUCUACAGCGAAGUCGAGCUCACCACUGUAGCCUGCAAUACUUCAGAACCGGAAAGCGGAGAAAUUCAAGACAAUUUCUGGCCAUUUGUGUACCGGGUUGUUGGAAUCAUGGUGUUUGUCAUGAUUGUACUGAUUCUAUGUGUUGCAACAAGAUUCGGGUGUAAAGAACAAUCCAGUGAGACACCAGAUCCAAGCGGCCAGCCCUUCCAUGACGCCUCGCCUCCCGCUCAGAUCUAUGAUAACGAUCAGUAGUCUGAUUUGUCUUUAUCAAUGCUUUAUGUUUUGUAUUUUCUGUAAUAUGCUUUGGGAAUAAUGUUGAAUACUUCUGUUGACUCCAGUUUGGCUUAAAGAUCAAGAGUUCUUACUGCUU